CGCAGCUUCUCCGAUGACAUUAUUGGUUUAAUAGGCUCCUAUAAGGCAGCAGGGCACUGAGCCACCCAGCCUCUCUCCAGCUACAGCGUAUUCUCGCUCAACUGGCACGUGACCCGAAAUCGGAGACAGGCUGACGUCAUCCAAUGCGACGGCUCCUGAAGCCACACUGCUACAGUCUCGCCAUCUCUCUCACUUUGUGAAACAGUACACUGACUCAAGGCUGUUGUUGAUUGAGGCAGAAGUGUGAUCGAGUUCAGAAAGAAUCUCAUCGCCAAGAGGCAGACAAGAGAUAAAAUUCUGCCAUUUACUGUAACAUUUAAAUGGAUGUGAAAGAGGAGACGUGUGAGGCUGACCUGAAUAUCAUGGAGGAGAGGACCAUAAAUGUUAAGGAGGAGGACUGUGAGUGGGAGAGUGUCCACCCCAAACAGGAGAGUCUGGACAUCAAGGAAGAGGACAGUGAACUGAGAUCAGUGAAUAUUAAAGAGGAGUGUGUCAGCACCAAGAUUCACAACUGUAUGUGUACUGAGAGUGACAAGAAAGAUGACCUUCAUUAUGGAGAUCAAGAUGGAGCAGUGAGCGGGUUAGUCUCUUCUCAUAGCAGACACUCUUCAUCUCCGGAGUCUUCUAUCAAUGUAAAAUAUGAAUCAUUACAGUCUGACACAAAGACGACUGAAGGAAUUUCAUCCCCUAGGACCGAGGAAGGUCAGACAUCACCUAAGACGUCAUCUGAAACAAGAAUCAAACUUCACUGCUGUUCUGAAUGUGGCAAACAGUUUUCAAAGAGAAGCCAUCUUCAGACCCACCAAAGAAUCCACACAGGAGAGAAGCCAUAUUGCUGUUCUGAAUGUGGUAAAAACUUUUCACGGAGAAGUAGUCUUCAGAACCACCAAAGAACUCACACAGGGGAGAAGCCAUAUGACUGUUCUGAAUGUGGUAAACAGUUUUCAGAUAGAAGCAGCUUUCAACGCCACAAAAUAAUUCACACAGAGGAGAAGCGAUAUUGCUGUUCUGAAUGUGGUAAACAGUUUUCAAAGAGAAGCUAUCUUCAGGUCCACCAAAGAAUUCACACAGGACAGAAGCCAUAUUGCUGUUCUGAAUGUGGCAAACAGUUUUCAAAGAGAAACUAUCUUCAGGUCCACCAAAGAAUCCACACAGGGAAGAAGCCAUAUUGCUGUUCUGAAUGUGGUAAAAAGUUUUCAGAAAGUGGAAAUCUUCAGCGCCACAAAAUAAUUCACACAGGAGAGAAGCCGUAUUGCUGUUCUGAAUGUGGUAAAAACUUUUCACGGAGUAGCAGUCUUCAGAGCCACCAAAGAACUCACACAGGGGAGAAGCCAUAUGACUGUUCUGAAUGUGGUAAACAGUUUUCAGAUAGAAGCGGCUUUCAACGCCACAAAAUAAUUCACAGAGAGGAGAAGCCAUAUUUCUGUUCUGAAUGUGGUAAACAGUUUUCAAAGAGAAGCUAUCUUCAGGUCCACCAAAGAGUUCACGCAGGAGAGAAGCCAUAUUGCUGUUCUGAAUGUGGCAAACAGUUUUCAACGAGAAGCUAUCUUCAGGUCCACCAAAGAAUCCACACAGGGGAGAAGCCAUAUUGCUGUUCUGAAUGUGGUAAAAACUUUUCACGGAGAAGCAGUCUUCUGAGCCACCAAAGAACUCACACAGGGGAGAAGCCAUAUGACUGUUCUGAAUGUGGUAAACAGUUUUCAGAUAGAAGCAAUCUUAAGAGGCAUCAAUGCAAGAAAUCCUGGAAAACAGAAGUAUUAGCUCCUAGUGACUACUCAGUCCUAAGAAUGGAGAAGCAAGAAAGAAAUAAAAUACCAUUAAAUGCAGUCUGAGAUAUGACAAAUGAAAUGUGGACCGAAAAAUAAAAAUGGAAGGAGUGCCUGUUGUUCUAGGAUGAAUAGGACUGAUAAAGAAAAACGUUCAGGCCCGUCUUAACAAAUUACAAUAACUCCUUAUGACCUGCAAAAAGAAUCAUUGUUAGGAACAAUGCAGGUUCUAAACUGAGUCCUUGUGGGAAACUUAUGAGAGUGAGAAGUUAAGCAGUUCAAUGAGAUUGUCCUGACUAAAGAGUGAAGUUCAUUCCUGUUUUGAUAGUAAGCACACCAAGAACAUUUGGAGGAAUUAAACCUGAGAGAAGCUGAAUUGCUGUUCUGAAUGUGGUAAACAAUUCUGGCACAGAAAUCCUCUUCUGAUGCACAUUAAAAUUCACACAGGAGAGAAGCCAUAUGGGUGUUCUGAAUGUGGCAAACAGUUUUCAUGGAGAAACAACCUUUUGGAUACAACAUCUACGUUUAUUUAUAUAGCACAUUUUCAUAUAAACAAUAUACCUCAAACUGCUUUAUAAGAUGAAAUAAGAAGGAAGUUAAUAUAAAACAAACAAAAUUAGGCAAUAAUAUACAGUAUAACAAAG